AUAGACCUGCUUGUCCACAGGCAGUCUGCACACACACUUGGCUCGAAUUCAUCCCCUUUCCCACCACCCCCUCACUCACCUGGCUCCAAUCCCCUCCGCUUCCCAUUCCUGUCAUUUGUCUUGGCUCCUCUGUUUCCCUCCUUUACAGGGACUUCCAUGUCAUGACCCCAUUCUAGUUUUAUGGUCUAUACACCACACACACACACACACACACACACACACACACACAAACACACACAAACACAUGUGGACACUCAGGUACGUAAAUAUACUUCUAGGUUCUGCAUAUAAAACAGGCACUGUUUAUCGUUUGUAGUCCGGCCCGCUUUGCUGAGUGUAAAACCUUCCUGUCAUAUUCACUUUCCAUGCACCUCAUGAUGUCAUUUCCUUAUUGUUCAUAAAACUCUACUUUGAAUAUGUGCUGCGUUUCUUUUCUCCAGUCUUCUGUUGGUUGGCACAGAAGCCUCUUGAUUUCACACACACAAACAUGCAUACACACAUGUACAUGCGCAUGCACACUCAGUCUGGGGCACCUGCUGAUUGCUGUAGGCGAUGUGGAGGGCCAAGUCUCAGAUGACCCUCUGCCUCUGUUCUAGGGUUAGUCCUGCUAUCUAUGGCUUCGGGUGGUUUAUACUGGGUGCCUGAUCCAUCUGUAGGCAGGGACAGAGUGCCCAGGCCUCUUGGGAUCAGGGACUAAUUUUGUAGUCAUCCGCUCUGGGAUAUAGCAUGUGGCCACGGGAUGCAGCAGAAGAAUGAACUCUCACACCUUUAUCCAUUGAUACUAUAUUCUCUUCAGAAGCCAGCAACUCAAACCCCCAUUCUUGCAACUGCCAGGAGCCACAUCGGAACUCAACAGGUUCCUGCAGCAGGAAGCACUCUGAGAGGGUCAGAACAGGCAGGGCGUUGAGGAGAGGACUCACUAAACAAGGGAUGCUGGGUUUCAUGCUGGGGACCUUCUCUAUGCGACUCAUUAAAUCCUCACAGGAGGUCCGCAGGGUAGGAGCUGCUGUCAAAUUCUAUUUUAUAAAAGAAGAAACAGAGGCCUCAAGAGGUCACAGUCAUUGUCCAGAUUGGCACAGAUGCUAAGUGGAAGGAACAGGAUCUAAGCUGGUUUUUUAUCCAGAAGCCCUCUGGUGUUCUUUUAUCCAGAAGUCUGUAUGUGGCUUUAACCACAUGCAGCCUGCCGAGUCACUAACAGUAAAAAUACACUUGAUUUCUCCUGGUAAGGAGAAGUGUGAACAGGGAAGGACUCCGUGCACUGGCCAGGCCUCUUCUCUUGUUUCCUACCUGUUGAUUCAAAGGGUUUAGAAUGCUGGCCCGAAGGUGCUGUGUGGGUAAGGUAACCCUCUCACCUCAGCAACUUCAGCCAUGCCCAUCACAGACAAGAUGGCACACACACCCGCUGUACCUCCUCCCACCUAAGCAAGCAGCCUGGGCCAUUUCUGGAACACAUUGUCAUCUGUGGGGAAUUAAGCCCUCCCUGUCUGUUCUGGGAAAGUCACCAGGAUCAAGGUCCCCCUGUGUCCUCUCCUUCCUGUGUGCAGAAGGCACACAGUCAAUUCUGCUGAACCAUGAGGAUGGUGUGCGUGGAAGUCCCAAAGGCCUCUUUGCAGCCCCAGGCAGGAAUGAGCGAGAUCCCCUUGGCCACCAGAAUGGGACACACAGCUGCUCAAAAUGUGCAGAAAUCAUCGUGGCCCACCUUGGCUACCUGAAUUACACGCAGUACAGAGUGACUGUGGGGUUUGAACACCUGAACCAGCCCAUCAAGGACAUGAACUUCACGUGGAAGACAUACAACCCUGCAUUUUCCCAGCUGGAGAUCUGGUUCCGCUUCGUGUUUGUGGUGCUCACCUUCAUCGUCAUCUGCCUGUUUGUGCAUUCUCUGCGCAAGUUCUCCAUGAGGGACUGGGGCAUCGAGCAGAAGUGGAUGUCUGUCCUCCUGGCCCUGCUGCUGCUCUACAAUGACCCGUUCUUCCCACUCUCCUUCCUGGUGAACAGCUGGUUCCCGGGGAUGCUGGAUGACUUCUUCCAGUCUCUGUUCCUGUGUGCCCUGCUGCUCUUUUGGCUCUGUGUGUAUCAUGGAAUACGGGUCCAGGGAGAAAGAAAAUGUUUAACUUUCUAUUUGCCUAAGUUCUUCAUCGUUGGACUGCUAUGGCUGGCUUCUGUUACACUGGGAAUAUGGCAGACGUUUAAUGAAUUAAAUGAUCCCAUGUACCAGUAUCGGGUUGACACUGGAAACUUUCAGGGCAUGAAGGUCUUUUUCAUGGUGGUGGCUGCUGUAUACAUUUUAUACCUCCUAUUCUUGAUAGUGCGAGCAUGCUCCGAGCUCCGUCAUAUGCCUUACGUGGAUCUCAGGUUAAAGUUUUUGACUGCAUUGACCUUUGUAGUGCUUGUUAUUAGCAUUGUCAUCCUCUACCUACGGUUUGGAGCACAAGUGUUGCAGGACAACUUCGUAGCAGAACUGUCAGCUCACUACCAGAACUCAGCUGAAUUCCUGUCUUUCUAUGGCCUGUUGAACUUUUACCUCUACACGCUGGCCUUUGUGUACUCUCCGUCGAAGAAUGCUCUAUACGAGUCCCAGCUGAAAGACAAUCCUGCAUUUUCCAUGUUGAACGACUCUGAUGAUGAUGUGAUUUACGGGAGUGAUUAUGAAGAAAUGCCCCUGCAGAACGGCCAGGCCAUCCGUGCCAAGUGCAGGGAAGAGUCGGACAGUGACUGAGCCCCGGGCAGCAGAUGGGACAGCAAAGGGCCUGCCUGAGUGACGCGUUCUGGCCCUUUCUUCUAUCCGUUUGUGUCUGGACUCCUCUGUAAGCAAAGGGUUCCUGUUCUGUAUUUGUUUACAUAAUUUUAAAAGAAAAACCAAAUGGAUUGAAAUGUUGGGCAGAGUUUGCUGUGAGGGUAGCCCCACUAUUUAAGAAGAGGGGCUGGCUGGUAGAGAAUUCAAAGGUAUAUCUUUUACAUCAAUAUCAGGUGAAGUGGAGCCUAUAUGCAGUCGUGAGGAGAAGUUACCCAUUUUUAAUAAAAAGAAUUAUGUACUUUUUUCCUUUUAAAAAGCACUUGAGUCUGUGGGAAGCCUGAUGACCAAGGUUCCAGCGUGGCAGUGAUGACUCUUUCCUCUCUGUGCCCCCCCACCCCCCAUUCUUGAGUGCUCUAUCCUCAAGGGAAACCUAAGCUUGUGCCUGCCUCAGGUGGGCGGUCUGCCUCCAUCUUCUCCAGCACACGGAGUGGGCAGUGUGCUGACUCUCAAAAACCUGCAAUGAGGCUUUGAUUAUGUUUAGGGAGCCACAUACAGUGUCAUUUUCAGGAAUGGCAGGGUGGCCAGGUUCCCAUCCAUCCCUGCCCACAAGCAGAAGUGACAGCAAAAUUGAAUCCAUGGGAACUCAAUUUCAGGCUGAUAGCCUGGAGGAAGCUAAGGCAGCUACAGGCCAGGAGCACUAUGGGUAAGGUCCUGUGUCACCGUGCUCUUCAAGGGCCUGUGUACAGUUAGGAUUGGGUCUCCCUGUGCUCGAGGCGGAAAAGGAGGUGGCCCUUCCCAGUCCAAAAGUUUCUGCGUCUCCACCGAGUAUGAAACCCCCAGAGAGCUCUAUUUUUUUUUUUUUAAUGAAAGCUACAUGAAACACAACUGUAUUAGAAAUUCUUUAUUGCCAGAAAGACUUUCUGUUUAACAUUAGGAACUAAAAUAAAGAGAAAGUAAAACAUUUUGAAUGGCUAUAGAGACAGUUUCAGAUGAAGGAACCUGCCCCAAGAUUGUUCUGUGUGUGGAGUGUUGCUCUGUGGAAAACGAUGUUACCCGCACUGGUGAAGUUCAGCAUUGGAAGUCCUGAGCGACACUGCCUUCCAUCCCACUCCUUGGAGUUGCCCCACACAGAACAUCUGGUAAAGGUGGCCAUCCUGCCUGCCUCUGUCUUGGCAAACCCAGAGGCCCGGUUCGGGUAGAUCCCUCUUCAGGCAACGACACUAUGUUCCCUGCAUCUAUGCACCGGCUCAGAUUUCUGCUCUGAGCUGCAGGUUACUGUCUGUGGGCCGGACUCCAGGGAUGGAAGAGGGUCUUCAUUCUGCCUGUCUUCUUAAACUGCAACAUCCUUUCAUAUGGAUUCCAUGUGCAUUGUCUAAAAAAACAAAAAACAAAAACCCUGUAACUAUGAACAUUGGAAUGGAAUUGUCAUUGCAAAAGUAACAGGUUUACAUGACUUUUGACACUUGCUGUGAUCACUGAGUCUGUUCAUGAAGAUGCGGGAAGGGUUUGUUACCAACCCUUCCCUUGUGGUGGACCACUGCAGCUGCCCUCUGAUGGACACUGACUCGUGCUGACCCCAAGAUGUUCUAAUAUGUGAGAGUUUACAUGUUUUAAUCAGUAUACAUAAGUCUCCAUGGUUUAUAAUGCUAUUUAUCAGUCGGUGUAAGAUAUUUUAAGUGUUUAGGUGCAGACUUUGGAACUUUUAAAAACUGCCCUAUAGUAUAAUUAAAAACUGAUCCUAGUGUCCGUAAAACUAA